AUGAGAGCGUUCAGCAUGUCGCCCACUAAAACAAGUUAUGCCGAACCAACAAGACAGCGCUCGGUAGCGGAAAAAACGCGGUUCAUCGUGAACAGCCAGAAAAAGACAGAUUCCAGCUUCCAGUAUCUGCUAGACAAUGUCAAGACGUCAACAAACGGAGUCCUUAAAAAGAACUUUUCAGCAGGUUCUAAAGGACGCUACGAGGCGCUGAUAGAAAGCGGGAUCCUUGAAAAAAACGUGGCUGCAGUCACUUUAAGAUACGGCGACAACUCCGUCACAACAGAAUUUUGCACUUUAUUCUUCUCCGUACUGAAAAGUUACGAGCUGUAUCAGGAUACUUCCGAACAGUACUGCCAACAAAUCACCAAGUCUCUCGAAGUGUUUGUUUCUGGCUUGCACGGAGCACCCGAAUCCAAACUUUUGAAAUGCUCAAUUCAACUGGUUGUGAGCGUUCUGCAAACCUACAUCAACUUCCCACAAUUGGCAGAAGAAUGGUUUAAAAUCAGAGGAGACAAAUCACUAAGAGAAAUAAGUGCCUUGUACAGAAAAAGAUUCCCAACAUUCGACUUUGUGCACAAAUACGUCAACUCCACAGUUUCUCCCCCAUCAAACGACGCAUUCACCUUGCAGUAUAGAGAUAUACUUCUCAGCUCCUUGAUGAAGAUCAUCGAUGGCAUACAGCCCGUCAGGGAGUACUUCUUGGAGUCCAAACUUUGUGAGACAUUGUUGAAAUACCCAUUAUCUCUCCGGGAGCAGGAGAACGAGAAUAGACUGAAAAGAGACCCUGUUAAGAACAAAAUCACUACGGAGCAGUUUAAUCAAACAGUUGAGUUCCAGAUAUACACUGCGUGCUUGGUGUACUAUAUCGAUAUCAUGGACUUGAGUAGACACGAAGACACAGUCAACCAAUUUCUGAUGGUGCUGAGCGACUUUUUCGAAAAUCUUCUGGUCUAUUUCAACAUCAAUAAGAACAGCACUAUUGUGUCGAUCUUUUUUGAAGGGUUCAAAACGGUCGCAGCACAUUCCGAACUGAACUAUACCUUGAUCAAAAGUUUUGCAGAAAAUCCACUUUUUACGUCCUUGUUAUGGUCUGGGUUGCUUUGCUUCAAAGAGACAGAGCUAACCGCAAGUAUUGAAAGAGCAGCAUCCCGGAUCACUCACAAGUAUACGCUGGAUUUCAUUAAAUUCAUAUACACCAGCAACACAUCGGCUUUGGAUGGGCUGGUUCAUACCAAGGCACCAGAUUUCGGAUCAAAAGAAACUCAAUGGUACUUAGUCAACGUCAGCCAAUUAUACUCGAUCGAGAAAGAUACCCAGCUGAUAGCUACCAAAAUGAAACAAUGCUUUGAUGAUGUGGUGCAUUCGCAGCCGACUAAACGGGAAAAGUGUCUUAACGAGAACUCGGUUUUUUACCAACUGCUUAUUGUUCGGCUCAACACUUUCUUUUUGUAUGAUGCAACUGAGAAUAAGCAGUUUCUAGCUUUCCUGAUCCAUCUGGUUGUUGUUUUAGGCGGUACGCCUCUAGAAAAUGAGGCAUCUCCGCUGAUCCUUGCAUUGAAAAAUCUCUAUCUCACUUCCCAGUUAGUCUCAACGAACAAAAAGAAACUCCUGAGCAUAGAUCCGGAAAAUUUAUAUUUCCCCUACCAAGAUAUUCCUACGUUGUCGACGCUACCGGAUUUGAAACAUUGGCUGUAUGAUCAGAAAAUCAACUCGUUAAAGAUGAACAACGUUGCUAAGAUGUUCCCGCAAAACAGGCUGCUUCUAAAACGGUUUGCGCUUGAUUUAAACCUUGACGGACGGGCUUCUCAGGUCCUGGAGUACAUUGGAGACAAGUUCCACACUGCUGUCGACAUCAGUGAUGUUGACUGGAUCACGUCUGCCAACAACGGUUCGCCAGAUGUUGCCACCACUGCUGCUGACGACGAGUACUACCCAACCACCACGGCCGAUGACUACUACCCAACUAACACUGCUGACGACUGUUCUUCGGACGAUGACGUCGAGUCUUACCCAACCACUACCGGCGAGAAGGAGGCUACCAGCACCACGUCUAACACCAGCUCUGAUGCUACCAGCAGCGUCGCAGAGGUGACCACCACUUCUGCUCCAGCAGCCACCUCGACUGCCAGCUCUACCACGUCUACCGAGGAGACUACCAGCAGCUCCACCACCAGUAGCACUUCCUCUGCAACCGGCACCAACACCGGAAGAGGUACUUUCUACGAGGUGGGAGCAGACAACUGUGGCACGUCGAGCACCGACUCUGACCUUGUGUGUGCUAUUGCUCACUCGUUGUACGAGACUGAAAUCGGCAGCGACGAUAUCUCGUCUUACUGUGGAAGAAGCAUCACUGCUCACUACAACGGUAACUCUGUGACUGUGCGUGUUGUCGACUCGUGCGAGUCAUGUGGCGACAACGACCUGGACUUUUCUCCAACCGCGUUCCAGAAGCUGGCCGACCCUGAUCUCGGAGAGAUCCAGAUCACCUGGUCUUGGGAUUAG